UUAGUACUGUGAGCUUCAGUGUUUGGCUUGGUUUGACAAGUUCCCCCGGACGAUCAUGGGGGCUGGAGUGAGUAGUUAGUUGACACAUCAAUAGAAAGUUGCAGCUGAGUCGCGUGCGUUUCAGGUACACUCGGUGCCUGGCGCUUUGGCAAAUGUAGGGACGUGAGAAGUUUAUGGUUAUUCCCUUUGAGCGGUUCGACAUCCAAGCAAGUCUACACUAGAAAGCCCGGUGUGAAGAUGAACACCCUGUCUUUUGACGAUCCAACGUUGGAUCACCUGGAUCCGACGCUGUCGCUUAACGACCCCAGCGACAUCGACACGGCUCUUUUAAGUGACAUUGAUGACAUGCUACAGCUCAUCACCAACCAGGACAUGGAGUUUGGAGGACUCUUUGAUAACUCCCUUUAUAAUGGGCCUCCACCGACUCAGGAACUUCCUGGACUCACCCAGACUAUAACCCCAGCUGCCCCUCCAACCCCCUCUACUCCAACUACACCCUCCUCCAUCCUAAGCAGUAGCCCCCACCUCGAUGCACUCCUGGGCCCCCCCAUCACCCGUAGCUCCUCCACCCCAGACAAGACCUUUCAGCCUCCAACUUUCCAGGGGUCCCCCUUGGCCCAGGUCUCAGGAGCCACCCCAAGGCAGCAGCCUGGAUCCCCACAGCAGACUCAGACCCUCAGACAGCCACAGGUGGAACAACCUCAACCCAGUCUUAGUCCGUCUCCUCCGGCCCAGGCAUCGUUACCUCAUUGCUCCCCAGUUUCGAACCCAGCCUUCAGCCCCACACCUCAAGCUCUCUUCACUGCUCCUGCACCCCAGACUCCGCCUCAACCCCAGCGCCAGUCUCAGCCACAGACACAGCUUCAGGCUCCGGCUCAGUCCCAACAAGCCAGGACCAACUAUAGCACUCAGAACGGCUACACAGCUGGCAGCCCGAGCACAGUGAGCCAGCCUGCUUCCAGCGUGUCGCCGGCACCUUCAAGCGUUCAGCCAGUGGCCAUUCAGACUCAGCUCCAGGGCCUGACCACCACCGCGCCUCUGCUGGCCACAUCAGCCAGCCCAGCUACUCAGACCAUCGCACCACACGUACAGCAAGUACCCGUAUUGCUGCAGCCUCAAUUCAUCAAGGCCGAGUCUCUGCUGCUGACUACUCUGAAGCACGAUCCCUGUAUAGUCACUACUGUGGCUUCUUCCACAACCCUGGCUACUACCACCCCAGUACAGAGCACGUCUUUGCAGGCUUUCAUGGGAGGAGGCACCAUUCUGACAACGGUGCCCGUCAUGGUUGACGCUGAGAAGCUGCCAAUCAAUCGCAUCGCCAUCAGCGGUAAACCCAGCGGGCAGCCUCACAAGGGAGAGAAGCGCACGGCUCACAACGCCAUAGAGAAGCGCUACCGCUCCUCCAUCAAUGACAAAAUUGUGGAGCUCAAAGACCUGGUGGCUGGUACUGAAGCUAAGCUCAACAAGUCUGCAGUGCUGAGAAAAGCUAUCGACUUUAUCCGUUACCUGCAGCAGACUAACCAGAAACUCAAGCAAGAGAACAUGGCUCUGAAAAUGGCAGCGCAGAAGAACAAGUCGCUCAAAGACCUGGUUGCCAUGGAAGUAGAUGGGCAGGCCGAUAUGAAAAGCGAGCUGCCCACCCCGCCGGCGUCUGACGUGGGCUCCCCGACUUCUUUCUCACAAUGUGGCAGUGACUCAGAGCCCGACAGCCCAAUGGGAGAAGACACCAAGCCGAAUGUGGGCAUUUUGGACACAUCGGCAGCAGGCGGCAGCGCUGGGGGCAUGCUGGACCGCUCCCGCAUGGCUUUGUGCGCCUUCACCUUCCUCUUCCUCUCCCUCAACCCUCUGGCCAGUCUGCUUUGCUCAUCCGGCAGCGGCUCAGCUGGCAGUGGCCCAGCCAUCACCACCCAUCAUGCUGGCAGAAACGUUCUGAGUGUGGAUGUCACAGCAGACGUGUGGAGCUGGAUGGACUGGAUGCUGCCAACUAUUCUGAUAUGGCUACUAAAUGGCAUCCUGGUGUCUGGAGUUCUGAUCCGUCUCUUGGUGUAUGGAGAACCUGUAACUAGACCUCACUCUGGAUCUUCGGUUUUGUUCUGGAGGCACAGGAAGCAGGCUGACCUGGACCUAGCUAGAGGGGAUUUUGCCCAGGCCAGUCAGAAUUUGUGGACCUGUUUAAAGGCUCUUGGUCGCCCCUUACCCACCUCCCAGUUGGACCUGGCCUGUGCUGCAUUGUGGUCCCUCUUAAGGUUCUGUCUCCAGCGCCUGUGGGUCGGCCGCUGGCUGGCCGCCAGGGCUGGAGGUCUGCGAUAUGACCGCCCCCUGCAGGAGGAUGCCUGCAAAAGCAGCCGUGAUGCUGCCCUGGUCUACCACCGCCUGCACCAGCUUCACAUGACGGGUAAACUAAAUGGCAGCCGCCUGUCUGCAGUGCACAUGGCUCUGAGUGCAGUAAACCUGGCAGAGUGUGCUGGCUCUUGUCUCCCUGUUGCCUCAGUGGCCGAGGUCUAUGUUUCUGCAGCUCUACGUGUCAAAGCCAGUCUCCCAAGGAUCCUGCACUUCACCUCCCGAGUGUUUCUGAGCAGUGCCCGCCAGGCGUGCCUGUCGUCCAGUGGCAGCGUGCCUCCAGCGAUGCAGUGGCUCUGUCACCCACUAGGUCACCGCUUCUUUGUGGACGGGGACUGGGCUAUUCGCAGCACUCCGAAAGAAAGCAUAUACAGCCAGGCUGGCAAUACUGUUGAUCCUUUGGCCCAGGUGACUCAGGCUUUUAGAGAACACCUCCUGGAGAAGGCCCUGUACUGUGUGGCUCAACCUCAUGGCGAGAAAAACCCCAGCCAGGGCGAAGGGGAGUAUGCCGAUGCCCUGGAGUAUCUGCAGCUGCUGAUUAGCGCAUCAGAUGCAGCUGGAGCCACGUCUCAGUCCUUUGCUAUUGGCUCCAACAUGGCUACAGUGACAGGCUGCGAUCCACACUCCAAGUGGUGGUCUUCUGUUGCCGUGGUGAUCAUCAACUGGCUCCAAGGAGAUGACGCUGCGGCAGAGAGGCUGUAUCCGACCGUUGAGCACCUGCCCCGCAGUCUGCAAAGCGCAGAGAGUCUUCUGCCCAAGGCGUGUCUGAACACAUUCAGGGCAGUGCGGGCGCUGUUGUCCAAGCCAGAAAACUGCCAGCUGAGCCUGAGCUACAGUGACAAGGCCAGCGCCCUGCUCCGAGACAGCCUCAACCUAGGACCACGCUGCCACAGCUCCAGUUUAGACAAGGUUGUCCAGUUGCUCCUGUGUGAUCUGCUGUUAGUGAUGAGGACCAAUGUUUGGCGUCUGCAGCAGCAAGGGGCCAGUCCUGCGGGGUCCACAGCCACCAGUGCCCCCUCAGGGGUCCACCAGGCCUCCCCUCCGGAGCUCCAGGGCUUUCAGCAAGAUCUCAGCUCCCUACGCAAACUGGCACACAGCUUCAGACCUGCCAUGCGAAGAUUGUUCCUCCAUGAAGCUACAGCCAGGCUGAUGGCGGGGGCCAGUCCCACGCGCACGCAUCAGCUCCUGGAUCGCUCGCUGCGACGCAGAGCAACGCCUGGAGCCAAGACAGAGGAGUGCGAGACGCGGCCCGGCCAGCGGGAGCAGGCGGAGGCUGUGAUGCUGGCGUGUCGCUACCUUCCUCCUUCCUUUCUGUCGGCUCCGGGCCAAAGGGUGGGCAUGCUGGCAGACGCAGCUCGCACCCUGGAGAAACUGGGAGACAAGAGGACCCUUCACGACUGCCAGCAAAUGAUCAUCAAGCUGGGCAGCGGAACCACCGUCACCAACAGCUAGAGAGAGGGACGUGCAUGGACACUGUACAUAGAAACAUCUUUUGACAAACAAAAAACACACACGUACAAAAGAAACAGACUCCUGCCACACAAGCAGUCUGGCAUUGAUGUGGAGACGUUGAACAGCUCAUUAAACUAUAAAGGUUCAUAUCAAAUAGAAAGCAUUUUGUUAAUGGAUCUCCCUUCCACCACCUUGACCCCACAUGAAAAAGCUCUUGUAGAGUUUGUGCUCUGACUGCUACAGGUUAUUAUCAGAGUAUACUGUAGGAAUCACUUUUCUCCCACCAAGCUGAGGGCCUCACCCCCACCCCCCAAUGAGAAUGAAUGGCAGUGCAACACUUUAUCCACACAGAGGCAAUAUCUCAUCCUCAUUCUGGACUCUGUGUGUCUGUGUAUGUGAGAGAUUUGCCCUGCCUGUAGUAGUACAGCCCCGCCUCCAGUCUUUCAGAGAUGCUCUCCUACCUGUGGGGGUGUUCGGUGAGUUGGAGUGGCAAGCCACUCUGAUUGGCUGCAGAACGGCAUGUCUCUCGUUCACGGGAGGAGAAUGACGAGUCUCGGAUUGGUCUGACCGUGGGCCCGUUCAGUGGGAAGCCACUCUGCAGCUUGUUGAGAGAGCUGAUUUGACUCAUGUUUCACUAAUAAUAAUCUGAGAUGAGGUGGCUCCCAUUACAUGCUCUGCCUCUGUCUGCACUAGCCCCUCGAGGCUGAUUUUCAAUGAUAAGUAAUAAUAUGGCUUUAUGAAGUUAUUUUCAAUAAGGUUGUUUUUCUCUUUCUUUUCUUGAUGUGUACAUAUUUUCAAAUGUAUUUAUGAUCUGUAUGUAAUUUGCAGUAUUUUGCAUAAACAGAGUGAAAAGUC